AUGCCUAAUAUAAUAAAUGACAUAAAGUUGGACUUUAAAGAUGUGCUGCUGCGCCCGAAGCGGAGCACGCUGAAAAGCCGAUCGGACGUAGACCUUUUCAGAGAAAUCACAUUUCGCAAUUCUAAACAAACAUACAGAGGAAUUCCCGUGAUGGCUUCUAAUAUGGACACAAUUGGAACGUUUGAAAUGGCAAAAGCUCUUUCAAAGCAUGGUCUUUUUACUACGGUUCAUAAAUAUUAUACCGCAGACGAAUGGAAAGACUUUAUCGCGUUAAAUCCUGAUUGCGCAAAGAAUGUAGCAGCAACUUCAGGGACAGCAAAAGAAGAUUAUGAACGGCUUUCAAGCAUUUUGGAAGUUGUGCCGGAAUUAUCAUUCAUAUGUUUAGAUGUUGCAAACGGAUAUUCACAGCAUUUUGUAGAGUAUGUGAGAAAAGUAAGAGCGCGAUAUCCGAAUCACACUAUAAUUGCAGGAAAUGUUGUAACAGGAGAAAUGGUGGAAGAACUGAUACUCUCAGGAGCGGACAUAAUUAAAGUAGGAAUUGGUCCAGGUUCCGUGUGUACAACGCGGAUGAAAACCGGUGUUGGUUAUCCACAAUUGAGCGCCGUAAUUGAAUGCGCGGAUGCGGCGCAUGGAUUGAAAGGCCACAUUAUUGCUGACGGUGGAUGUACCUGCCCUGGAGAUUUAGCGAAAGCGUUCAGUGGUGGCGCAGACUUUGUCAUGGCAGGCGGAAUAUUUGCAGGUCACGAUGAAUGUGGGGGCGAAGUUAUAGAAAAGAAUGGAAAGACGUUCAAACUUUUUUAUGGAAUGUCCUCCAAUACAGCCAUGAUGAAGCACGCUGGUGGUGUUGCAGACUACAGAUCUUCGGAAGGGAAAACUGUUGAAGUGCCUUACAAGGGUUUAGUCGAAAACACUGUGCUGGAUAUACUGGGCGGCUUAAGAUCCGCCUGCACUUAUAUAGGAGCUCAACGUUUGCGCGAAUUACCACGACGAGCGACGUUUAUACGCUGCACGCAACAAUUAAAUCCCUUGUACGGACCACCCCCAGUAAUAUAAAGAUUAUAAUUAUUAAAUUGUGCUCCUUAGUAAAAGGCUUAGGAAAAAAAUGUUUAACGCCAAUAUUUGAUCGUGUAUUAUUUGCUGGCAAAUAAUGUUUAUAUAUGGACGAAAAUGCAAUCUUGUAAAAUGUUUACCACUGUAUCGUGUAAUAAUGUUUAAGUAUUACGAAUUAAUUAUGCUCAAAUGAAAGAACGUUAUACAAUAAUCCUUCAUGCACAAAUAAAGAAUUUCGUUACAUUAAGCCGCCGUUUCAUAUCAUUGAAGACAUUCUGUUAUUGAAUAAUCAAUCAUAUAUCAUUAUGUAUCAAUCUAUCCUACA